UUAUUAGCAGGAAUGCAACAAGAUUAAAAUCUCUCUUUAACCAAGAACUCAUUCACGCUAUCCCGAAAAAGAUUCCAAGGAACAAACAGCACACAUCCUCCUAGGCGAAGUCAAAAGUCAGAGUUUGGAGGUCGUACGUUUACCCGCACUUACGAAGUUGUGAGUUACUAUGAAUGCUCCUGCUUCGUUCGAACCAUUCCUGCUUGCCGAUGGUGAGAAGAAGUGGGUCUUUGACACAUUAUUACACUUGCAGGAUCUCCUUCGAAAAGGAUACUCAGGUUCCAAAUGCUGCCAUUUUUACCCUAAAUCGAGAGGAUCACACUGUUGGAAAUAUGAUAACAUGCCAGUUACUAAAAGAUCCAAGAGUAUUAUUUGCAGGAUACAAAGCUCCUCAUCCAUUAGAGCACAAAAUCGUCAUUCGAGUACAUACAGCUCAUCCGGCGACACCUGUAGAUGUUUUCGUUUCUGCUCUGAAAGAUCUUAUAAGUGAGAUCUCGAAUAUAGAAGAGCAGUUCAGAAUGGCGACAAAAUGAAACAUUGCAUUUGUACAUAUUAUUUAUUUAUAUAUUCAUAACGAUAAAAUGAAAAUGCUUGUCCUGCAAAAUUUUGUCUUUCGAUUAA